AACAAUUUAACGUUCGGACUGUUAAAUAUUAAUAAUACAGUUCCUGUCUGUAUAGUUGUACUUUGUAAUUUUUACGGUAUGUCCUUCUAACAAAUAAUUAAACAUCAAUUUUGUUGAAUUUACCGAGACAUAAUCGUAUUUUGACAGCCAAAAACCGAAAACUAAUUCACUAAUUAGUGUAUCAAAUACCUUAUUUUAUUUUAAUUUGUUUUAACAAACACAGUGGUGAUCCGAGUCUGGAUAAAGUAGUGUUUGCCAUAAUGAAGGUAAAAAAUAUAGAAUUCGCUCCUCUGUGGCUGCCUCUAAAUCGAAGGCUCGAGACUUUCGCGGUAGCCAUUAUGCUCUCCUUGUUUCUAUUCACGGGAAUUGCAGGAACCGUGUGUUUAGCAUAUAUUGUUCUGGGCACACGAUUUUGGUGGAUUGGAGUGGCUUAUAUGGCGUGGAUGGUCCUUGACAGAAAUUUUGCUUCUUCAGGUGAACCUAGUAAAUAUAGGAUAAGAAACAUCCGAGAUUGGAGAUUAUGGUCAUUAGUCAGACGAUACUUUUCUAUAAAACUAGUGAAGACUCACGAACUUCCGGCUGACAAAUCGUACCUAUUCGCUACUCAUCCACACGGCACCUUCAGUGCUGGCGUUUUUUCAAAUUUCCUCACUCACGCAAGUCCUUUCCGAGACAUGUUUCCAGGUCUAAAACCGUUCAUGAUUAUUCUCGGCGUCCACUUUUAUAUGCCGUUUCACCGAGAACUAUAUAUAAGUUUAGGUUUCCGGGAACCCUCCGAAAAAAGCCUGGUAAAUAUUUUAGACGGGAAGAAAGGAAAUGUAGCGGUAUUAAUGGUAGGCGGUGUCACAGAAGCAUUCCAAUCGUACCCAGGACCCGUCCACAUAGUUGUAAACAAGAGGAAAGGUUUUGUCCGAGUAGCACUGAAAACCGGAGCAUCACUUGUUCCUGUAUUUUCGUUUGGAGAAAAUAACGCGUACGAAAAGUAUGAAGUGGCAGCUGAUUCGGUUUGGCAUAAACUUCUAAAAUUUAUCAAUUGGAAAAGCGAUAGAGUGGUGCCGAAUGGACGCGGUUUCUUUCAGUAUACGUUUGGUAUCAUGCCUCGUAGAUGUUCUAUCGUAACAGUUGUGGGAAAACCUAUUGACUUGCCGAAAAUCUCAAACCCGACGAAGGAAGAAAUAGACAAGUACCACAAAAUGUAUGUAACCGAGCUGACAAAAUUGUUUGAAGAACACAAAAACAAGUAUUCGACGUACCCCGAAGAAAUGAACUUGGUUUUAGACUAAAAAAAAAAUAACCGUAUUGAUCGUUACGAUUACUUUUGUGUUAAUUAUAAAAAAUAUCCCGCGCUUUAUUAUUUGUAAUAUUCUAAUAACGGGUCUGCAACAUGAAAAUCAUGUAGAUAUUAAAAAAAAUAUUGCAUCACAUAAAUAAGCAUUGAACAAUUUGUAUGACAAUAUUUUAGACAUUCAAAAAAGAUUCUUUACUAUUAUAUUUAAAUGAUUGUCGAUAUAAUAUAAAAAUAAAAUACAUAAUAUUUAUUUAAUAUCUUUUAAAAAUAAUGAAACAAGCGUAUCUACAAAUUGUUAUCAGAGAUGUAUAUAUGUAUAUAUUAGGGUGGUCCUUAAAAAGUCGAUAUUCGAAUUUUAACCUCGACGCCCCCUAAAAAGUUUCUAAAUACAAUAAAAAAUAAGAUUAAAAAAAAAAUGAUAAAAAAUUAAUUUUAACCCGUGCCCCACAAUGGUUGAAGUUUAAAAUAUGGGCUUUAACAUAGGAUUUCGACACUUGUGUACAAAUCAUUGCAUAACUUUUUUUUCUAAUCCUUAUUUUGAGUUGAACUUUUGACGGUAUUGUAGCUUGGAGUCUGCUGAAUACAGACUCCAUACCCAAAAGUUCAGACCUGUUAAAAUUGACGCCAGAAAAUGAAAUAUAGGCGUUUUUUGUUACUUUUUUCCGAUAACAUUGUAUUUAAUGUACCUGAGAGAUGUCACUUGGCCCAGAAUCCUAAUAUUUUAGUUCAGUGUAUCAUAAUUUUUGGUAGCAUAUUACAAAAAUGAAUAGACUCAACUAGGUCAUUAACACGAUGUUCAAAAUAAAGUUAACAGUGAUGUAAUAAGUUUAAAUCACAAUCCUAGCAAAACGAAUAUUUUUGACAAUACUGUUAUCAUCACAUAACGUCAUCUGCCGUCCCCACCUUAUUCUCUGGGCAUCACCUGGCGAUCGGACCGUCCUCUAAAUUUUUAAGUCGAAAUUAUAUUCUUUAAUAUAAAACGUAAAACAAUCCCAUCUUUUUGGAAAUAAGCUAAAAAAGUACCAAAAACCAAUUAAACUUUAAAAGUUGAUAAAGCUCUGGAAAAUUCUAAAUAAGAUAAGAGUUAAUACUGUCUAAUAUUCUAAAAUAGCAUAUGAUUCAAUAUGCGAUAAAACACACAAUUUGGUUUAUUUCGAUGUUUUUAAAUUAAAAAUGUAUGAGAUAUUAUUUUCGAUCGCUUUUUUUAAUUCUAGACCACUAUGGGCCGCGGCGCUUGGUGGCCCUAGCCGAGUGUAUACAUUUGAUGUACAAACAGGGAGACUAAGGGAAUGAAAUAUAAUUUUUGAAAAAUUAGUGAAAUAUUUUUUCAAUAUUGGAAGCCGAAUAACGGCCAUCUAACGUCAUAUCCAAUUUAAGAACUACCCUAAUAUAUAUAUAUAUACCGUAUUACAUUUUGAAAACUUUUUUUUUAUGUUAUAUUACAUUAAUAAACAAUACUCAAAUGUUUA